UCAUGUCUAUUUUAUAAUUUGACGUAUCGCACAGAAAUGAUACUUGUCAAUAAUGUCAUACCACUGAUAUAAAAAAUAUUUCCGUUUGUUCUAUAAUAUUCAGUAAAAAAAUGAUGUCAGUGAAAUAAAAAUUUAGACAUACAUAAAUAAAUAGCACGACAAUUACCUACAUACAUAUAUCUCGAAUAAUUCAUAUGUUCGUCCAUCUUAUGCCACUCUAAACACUUUUUGAUUCGUGAAAUAUUUGUUUUGUAAACUAUAAAUUGCAAUUUUAGAAAUUGACAUGAAUUGUCUAGAAAUAGUUGAAAUGAUUCUAUAUAUUUAUUUAAAAAUUGAAAAGAGAAUAGCAUCAAUGAAAUUAAAGUGACUUUUUCUUGUCUAUGCGGAUUGCAAUUAUUAAAAUCAUAUUGUUUACAUAACGAACGAGCUGAACAUUCGGUGAAUUAUUUUCGUCAGAUCGUCGAAUUGCGUUUCAAUAAAGGUUAACUUUUUAAAUGAAUUCUAAUGUUUGUUGUUCUUAUACCGCAUAUCAGUGCAUCUUGUUAUGGUGACAGUAAUUCCUUCAUUCUUAAGGCUAUUACAUUUUAUGAAGCACCUAAUUCUGUGAUUGUUGUUUCACCUUAUAACCACAGAAUUAUGUGGUAAACACUAGUGUUUAAUUGAAGUGCAUGUAAAGAGGCGUCACUAACAUACAUGUAAGAAUGUCUGGAGAACAGUUUUCAUUAGUUUGGAAUAGCUUUCCAAGAAACUUAUCCUCUGGAUUGUAUACAUUAUUAACGGAUGAACAGCUAGUUGAUGUAACAUUGGCUGCAGAAGGUCAAAUAUUACGUGCGCAUAAGUUAAUACUAUCAGUUUGUAGUACAUAUUUCAGAGAGCUUUUUAAGGGAAAUUCCUGCAAGCAUCCAAUUGUGAUUUUAAAAGAUGUCAAUUAUCGUGAUUUGUCUGCAAUGCUUCACUUCAUGUACCAAGGUGAAGUAAACAUUAAACAAGAAGACAUAGCAAGUUUUUUGAAAGUAGCAGAAACUUUGCAGAUAAAAGGUUUAACCACAGAAUCUGACGAGAAGUUCGAAGACAGUCUUUCGAAAAGUGCAGACCAAUUGGAUCACUUAUUUAAUAUGGAAAAGAAGAGCAUUAAUUCUGAUGCAUCGGAUUCAAAUGCAUCUACUUUUGACAAACCAAAAGAAACAGUACAAAAGGAUAAAACUUGUGAGAAACAAAAUACUUCAUCGAAAGAUGAAUUACACAAUAAGGAGUUCAUAGAGAACAAUAUUACAACCAAUGAUACAUUUUGUCAGCAAGAUUGUGCUUCUGACUUAGUUUAUAAUCAGCAAGACAUGCAUAUGCCUCCAAAUAAUAGUUGCAGUAGUAUAGAGAUACAAAGAAAUGAAGAGGAACCAUUAGACUGUACAGCUGACACUAGUUACACAGAACCAUCUAAACAAGAACCAUUAGAUUAUACACUCGAUAUUGAUCCAGAAACAGUAUAUAGGACAUAUUCUAAUGAACCAUUUUUCAAACCUGAAGACAAUUUGCAUAGGAAAGAUUUUGUACCAGAUAUGCAGUUAGUUCCGUACGAUCAGAAUUCACAAACUCAAUCAUUUGGUGUGGGUAACAUGACCGGUCUUCAGAAUGAGUUCGCCUACGAGUCAGGUUGCCACAGUAAAGGUCGCCGAACAGUGAAAGGUAUUUCGAAUAAUACUUUACCAUUGGAGACAACAUUGCGUGUUGUGUCUGAGCUGGGUCCAACGCUAAGAAUGGACAGGGGCAAAGUAAUUCGAAUGUACUCGUGUCCAUGGUGUCUCCGGCAUUUCACCCGUAAAGAGAAUCUCAAACUUCAUGUCCGUUACAUUCACGGGCCGCUCGAAAGUCUGACGUGUAAACUUUGUGGUAAUAAAUACAAAAACAGCAACAGCCUGCGUGUACAUUCGUAUCUUUAUCAUAACGCCAAACGAGACAAACCUAACAAGUCACUCGAAGAUGGCGGAGUAUGAGAAUAAAGUGAAAGAAAACUGAGGAAAAGAGAGAUGACAUUAAUGUUUGUAAGGAACAUUUCAUUAUGUUAUAUAUGAGAAAAAUAUAGUAAUACAUAAAAUUGCGAUACAAUGUAAUGCUAUGACACAUUAGCACUGUUUUAUCGUGUGCUCUAGCUACUUUGUAAUAGUAGCAAAGACGAUUUCGAGAAUUAUUUAAUGCUUCUUGUUUGCAGAAUGUGCGAUUUCAAGGAUUCUGAGAAUUUAGCGAAUGUAUUAGCCUCAUUAUUAUUUAGAAUUUACAUUAGACUGUACGAGCAAUGACAUAUUUUAUAUUAUAGCAGGUUACAUCUUUUGUAAGAGUGUAAAUAUAUACAUGUAUAUUGAUAC